AUGUUCUUGGUAGUAAUAGAUAGAGCAUUGAAUGGACUGGUCCGGGCCUCAGUUGAGGUGUACCCUUUGAUUUGUUUUGGUCUUAAAAUGUUGUCAUUUAAGGGUGAUGUAGAUGGAUUUGAGUAUAACGAAGCUCGGCAAAGUUCCGUUUGGUUUGGACCACAAGAGGUUUAUUCGACCUGUGAGAAGCUCGGUAUUAAACUCAUUGUGCGAGCUCAUCAGGCCUUUAAUCGCGGUUUUGGCUUUUUUGCGGGAAAGAGAAUGGUUACUUUGUUUGGGGCGACGGACUAUGUUGUGAAGGGAAGUUUUGCCGGUAUUCUUCAUCUACAAUUGGGCAAUGUUCAAGAUAAGAAAGGCAAAGCAACUGAGAAAAAAGAAAUCCAAGCUGGCAUUAUUAUCUUCCGUCCUGCUACAAAAGAAACUAAGGGAAAGAAAAAGUUCAUCGAGGAGUUUGAGAAUUUCCCGGAAGCUGAGGAGGAUGAGGAAACUCAACUUGAGAUACUUGGAAAGAUGCCAACAGAGGAAGAAAUAAGGGAGUCGAUGCAAGACUGA